AUGAUCGCUUGCGCUGCCUAUACAGUGACCUACCGGGGCGAACCGGAUCAAAAAACUGUAUCAAGGCGGGGGGCAUCGUUACUAGUUAGCGGCGCAACUCUAACAACUGCUGGUCCGCUAACAUCACGAUUUUGUGGCUAUCAAGGGUCUGAAGAAGGCGACGACGCCGAAACGUUAGCCAGAAUAAAGAUCAAUAACAAUCUUGGUUCUGCUCAAAAAGUAGUACACAAUCAAAGACUAGAUCAAUCAAUGAAUGAGGAUCCAAACUCAUGA